UAAAUGCUGAAAAAGUUAUACAAAAACAACCGAUUGUUUAGAUUUUGUUGAAUUGUUUGCAUAAUUGUUGCGCAAAAUGAGUGGCAAAGAGACCAAUAAUAAUGACAUUUACGAUGGAUUUAAGCGAAGAGCGGAACAGAUAACCAAAGAUCGGGUCAACAAAAUAUCAAAGACAUCGCGAAUGAAUAAGACGGUGGGACUCAUGUUAACCACAUUUGUCGGCUCUGUUUACUUAUAUUCAAUGUUUGCCGUAAAACAGGAAAAGUUUUUGGAUGAGAUCGUAGACAUCGAGGAAUCAAAACAAGUCAACUAAUAAUUGUGUUAUGUUUUACUGUAAACUAUAUUUUUUGGUUCAUUU